GGCUGAGUCCUUCCUUUUUUAAAAUUGAUAAUUUGUUUUCUUGACUCUGACUCAUUUUAGCCCCUUUUUAUUAAAUCCCUAAUAUGCCCUUUUGAUAAUUAAAUUCAUGGAGAAGAAAAGGAACAUAUAAAAUGGGAUCCAGAGAUGGAAAGUGUUGUUUUAAAUUCUGCGUUUCUAUAAAACAGUACUCCUAAUUCUGUUCCAUUUCGUCUUCUCCUCUAUAAACCUCCAACUCGAUCUCCACCGUUAGAUAAAUGGCUGCAUCUGUCUCUACCGUUGGUGCUGGUAACAGAGGGCUGUUGAAUUUAAAAGGCGCUGGCUCUGGACCCUCAUGGCCAACCUCUGCAUUCUUUGACAAUAGCUUGAAAACGGUACUGGGCUCAAAGAUCACCAACCAGAGGCUCUUGACACGGAAUUUGAAGCUUGCUGCCGAAUAUGAUAAGGAAAAGCAGCCUUCGAAAGACAAAUGGAAGGGGCUUGCAUUUGACACAUCGGAUGACCAACAGGACAUUACCAGAGGUAAGGGAAUGGUUGACUCUCUCUUCCAAGCUCCCAUGGGGACAGGAACUCACUAUGCUGUCAUGAGCUCCUAUGACUAUACCAGCAAAGGUCUAAGACAGUACAAACUGGACAACAAUAUGGAUGGUUUCUACAUCGCAUCUUCAUUUAUGGACAAACUUGUUGUUCACAUCACCAAGAAUUUCUUGCAACUCCCAAACAUUAAGGUUCCUCUCAUCUUGGGUAUCUGGGGAGGCAAAGGUCAAGGAAAAUCAUUUCAGUGUGAGCUUGUCUUUGCCAAGAUGGGAAUCAACCCUAUUGUGAUGAGUGCUGGAGAAUUGGAAAGUGGGAACGCUGGUGAGCCUGCAAAAUUGAUCAGACAAAGGUAUCGCGAGGCAGCGGACAUCAUCAAGAAGAGAGGAAAGAUGUGCUGCCUCUUCAUCAAUGAUCUAGAUGCAGGAGCCGGUAGGUUUGGUGGAACUACCCAAUAUACAGUAAACAAUCAGAUGGUUAAUGCUACCCUCAUGAACAUUGCUGAUAACCCGACCAGUGUCCAGCUCCCAGGUAUGUACAACAAGGAGGAGAACCCCCGCGUUCCGAUCAUUGUCACUGGUAAUGACUUCUCCACGUUGUAUGCCCCUCUCAUCCGUGAUGGCCGAAUGGAGAAAUUCUACUGGGCCCCUACUCGGGAAGACCGAAUUGGUGUGUGCACAGGGAUCUUUGGCAGUGAUAAUGUUCCCAGGGAGGACAUUGUCAAGCUUGUCAACACUUUCCAUGGGCAAUCCAUUGACUUCUUCGGUGCACUUAGGGCAAGAGCAUAUGACGACGAAGUGAGGAAGUGGAUUUCUGGUGUGGGUGUAGAAAAUGUUGGGAAAAGGCUUGUGAACUCAAAGGAAGGACCUCCAAUUUUGGAACAACCGAAGAUGACUCUCGAGAAGCUCCUUGAGUAUGGCAACAUGCUUGUCCUGGAGCAGGAGAACGUGAAGAGAGUCCGGUUGUCUGACAAAUACUUGAAAGACGCAGCUCUUGGAGAUGCAAAUGAAGAUGCCAUGAAGAACGGAAGUUUCUAUGGUUAGACCUUGAUCCAAAUUAAACGCCUUGAUGAGAUAUUUACAUCUGUCUUUAGGAUUGUGCAAUAAAGAUAUCAGAAGAAAUAAUCAAGCUUUUCUAUAAUUUUUUGGACACAAGCAAAGCCGCCCAACAGGUCAACCUUCCUGUUCCAGAAGACUGCACUAAUUCAUUGGCAGAGAACUUUCAUCCAACCGCUAGGAGUGAUGAUGUCAGCUGCCUCUGUCAAUUUUAGGCCUUGCUUAUAAAUGUUAUUAUGUUGUAAAGAUGGUAUACUCUAGAAUGAGGUGGCAACUCUGUCUCAUAUAUUGGUUUAACUUAUAAUUGAGUUAAUAAA